GCCCGGGCGGGGUGACGGCAGCCGGCGCCGCGCUGCGGCUGUGCGGCGCGGGGCCCGCGGCUGUGAGGCGAGGGGCGGCGGAGCGAGGGUGCGGGCGGCUGCUGCGGGCGGGGAGGGCUUCCAGCGCCCGGGCUGCACUCGCCGGCCCGCUCGGGCCCUUGGUUCAUCUGUUAAUUGCCGGAGAGGAAGGAGGCGCGGGCUGGAAGCGAGCGGUGGGGGAAAAUCUUCACGUGUAGACACACAGAAGGAAAAUAGAUGUUGCGACAAUUCAGUAGUUAUGGCAAAGGAUAAGAAGAAAGAUGGCAAGAAGGCAGAAAAACCUGUGCAUCCUCCUAUUCCUGCACAAGAUACUGCAGCUGAGAGUAGGGCAACAAAGCCAACAGAAUUGCAAACCGUGGUGAAAGGAGUGGAAGAGACGCAGGCAAUUCCAGUGAUAGCAGAUAAAGAGUCAGAGGGGGUAAAGGAACCUCCGAUCCAAGAUGUUCCUCAAUACUAUGAGGAGGCUGUUCUUACUCAAGUGGUUGUAAAAAGCUAUGAAGGUGAAAAAGUCCAUGGAUUGUAUGAGGGUGAAGGAUUUGCAUAUUUUGAGGGGGGAAAUACAUACAAGGGCAUGUUUUCUGAAGGGCUUAUGCAUGGACAAGGGACUUACACGUGGGCUGAUGGUGUGAAGUACGAGGGAACAUUUGUUAAGAAUGUGCAGAUGUUUAGUGGCUGUUAUACAUGGAAUGAUGGCAGCAUUUAUGAAGGAUCUAUCAAGAAUGGAGUUAGACAUGGAUUUGGAUUUUUCAGGAGUGGUACUCGUCCCGUUUCUUACAUUGGCUAUUGGUGUAAAGGCAAAAGACAUGGAAAGGGUAUUGUUUAUUAUGAUCAGGAACAUACUUCUUGGUAUUCAGGCAACUGGGUAAAUAACAUCAAAGAAGGAUGGGGAAUGAGAUGCUAUAAGUCUGGAAAUAUCUAUGAAGGUCAGUGGGAGAAAAAUGUACGUCAUGGAAAAGGAAGAAUGAGAUGGUUGACAGCUAAUCAAGAGUAUAUGGGACAGUGGGUGUAUGGCGUACAGCAUGGAUGUGGCACCCACAUAUGGUUUUUGAAGAGAAUGCCAGCAUCUCAGUAUCCUUUAAGGAAUGAAUACAUAGGUGAUUUUGUAAAUGGGGAACGACAUGGACGUGGGAAGUUCAUAUAUGCCAGUGGAGCAGUGUACGAUGGUGAAUGGGUUUGUAAUAAGAAGCAAGGCAAGGGCAAGUUUGUCUUCAAGAAUGGUCAUGUUUAUGAAGGAGAGUUCAUAGAUGAUCGUAUAGCACAAUAUCCUAAUUUUCGAGUGGAUGCAAUGAAUACAAAAGAGCUGAAUGCCAUUUGCACGGGAGGUAAUUUUGGCACUGUCAUCAAUGGCUCAGAAAAUACUUCUAUUCUGGGAUCAGAUAUUGAGUUGGACAUAUCUUCAGUGCUUGACUUGUUGCCAAGGGAAGAGAGACAUGAAGAGCUGAAACAAGUAGAAUUUGCAGUGUUGAGGCAGAUUACAGAACUGAGAAGAGUUUACACCUUCUACAGUGGCUUAGGCUGCGAUCAUUCUCUUGACAACGCCUUCCUCAUGACUAAGCUUCAGUUUUGGAGAUUUCUGAAGGACUGCCAGUUUCAUCACUCCACCCUAACUCUUGCUGAAAUGGAUCGGCUAUUGAGUGGUGAUAAAACACCACUUGAGGAGAUACAUUGCCCACAUGGGAGUUUACUGUUCAGAACAUUUUUAUCUUACGUUAUUCGCCUAGCAUUUCAUAUCUAUCAUGAAGAACACAGAGAGAAAGGUUCUUGUCUGCAUAAGUGUUUCUUAGAAAUGAUGUCCAGGAAUGUUAUUCCCGCUGCCUGUCAUAUCCAGGGUACCUUAUUUUCUGAAGAGCGAUGUACAGUUUUUGCCUUGAGCUACAUUGACAAAUGCUGGGAAAUAUACAGAGCUUUUUGUAGACCAAGUACCAAACCUCCAUUUGAACCCACAAUGAAAAUGAGGCACUUCCUUUGGAUGUUGAAUGAUUUUAAACUUCUCAGCAAACAAUUAACUGCUUCAAAACUUGUGGAAAUACUUGUCAAAGACAGUCCCUCUCUACACGAUAGCAACAGUACCAAUCUGGAGCCAGAGUUGGUUUUUCUUGAAUUUGUUGAAGCUCUUCUUGAUUGUGCAUCAGUGUAUGUUACCAGCAACAUGAUUAAGGAGCAAGUAGCUCGUGAUAAUGAGAAAAGAAGUAGCUUUAGAAUUGAGAGUCUGUCAGAGGGAACCACAAAUGUGUCUCCAUACCCAGAAUAUUCUCUGUCCCAGCCACUGAGACCUUGUGAAGACAGAGGGCAUCCUCUUCAAGGAUUUCUACUGGGAGAUACCAAAGAUGUUCCAUCAUUGUUCAACUGGGAUGCAGAAAGAGGACAAGAUUUCUGUCCAGCAACAGAAUUGACAGAUGAACCAAAAAAAGCCAAACCUGAACAAGAUGAGGAAUUUAGCCUGUGGAUGUGUCAGGUGCAGAUCUUUUUUACAACUAAGUUCUUUCCUGCUUACCAGCAUGAAAAAGUGCUAAGGGAAAAAAUAAAAGAAAAUCAAACACAGGAUGCUGAAUUAGCUGAGCUGAGAAAGAUCAAGGAUGAGGAACUGGCGAAACUUAUUGCUGGAAGAGAAGCAGAAAAGGCAAUAAGACAAGAAGCAGCUGCAGCAGAAAAAACAUUUGACUCCAAGAGUGUGGAUUUUAAGGAGUUAGAGGAGCCUGUCACACAGUUAGUACCCCCUCUGAAGGAAGAGGCACCCAUUGUAGCACGCCCAGGUGUUACGAAGGUGCCUGCUGGCAAAAAGAAAAAGAAGAAAGAAAUCUUCUGAUGAGAACUACUGAAGCUCUAGAGGUCAAGUUUAACAUUGCACCAACUACUGUGCAACCCUCUGGAAUGAACUGUGUGUGGAAUGUGUAUCUUCCCAAACAUUCUGCCCUUGAGGGAAUAAGGUGACAGUAAACAAGAGCUACCUUCCAUAGUGUUGUAGAUUUCCUGGCAUUUCAGCACGUAUUGGAGAAUCUCUUCCUGCUAACUGAAGCAAAAAACACACAAAAGAAAAAAACAGCUUAGAGGUAUUUUCUGUUACAUUUUGUGGACUGUCAAAACAAAGCAAACCAUUUGCAGAAAUUACCACUCAUGAAGAUAUAUACUAUUUGUAUAACAUGAAGGAGAUAAAGUGCAAGAGAUGCUUAUAGAACAGGGCGUUCUGAUUUUGCAUUUAUUAAUUUUAAAACUAUUGAGGUUUUUGAUGGGGGAAGAAUAAUUAACUCCAUGCAGUCUUUUGGCACUCCAUGCAGCAUUUAGCCAUUAAGCUGAAGUGAUUCAUAUGCAGUACUGAGCAGUCAUCAGGUAUCAACAUUCAGUAAACUAGCUCCCUAUCACCUUCUCAUAUUCAAAUUAUCAGCACAAUUCAUAUUAUAAGUGUUAGGUGCAAAUACUACUGAGUUUACUAAAGUGCCCCAAAAGCAAUACAUCUCAGAAUUCCUAAACUAACAUUUAAGGGGUGGAGGGUGGAAGUGAGAGAGACUCUUCUUUGGUAUUUCACCCAUUAGCAGUACCAGACAAACAGAAAGAAAAGAAGAAAAACACCCCGCAAACACAAAACCAAGUAACACCCACCACCACCAUACCUCAGGCUCCAUGUGCCUUGGAAACAGAGAUGUCGUGAGAUAUUUGUACAAAAUUCUCAUGUCAUCUUGUUCCAGUCCACUCCUAGAACAUCAGGGAGAAAACAAACCUAAGUGGUUUGUGCUGCAGUUCAGAUCACGUUUUCCAAAACUCAGGCAAAGCACAUACUGAACUAGGGUAGCAACAUUUCAGGGUCUCAGUAGAAUCAAUCCCAGAACAUUAAUUUUUAAUAAAAUGUUAGUUUAUUUGCUAAAUACAAAAGACAUCUAAAUUAGCUGUAAACUAGAAAUAUUAACAAUAUUGAAACAAAAAAAGAUCAAGUUUGCUAUUCUCAAGUCAAUUUUUAAGUAGAACUCUUCACAAGCAUUGCAACUUCCUGGUUCAGAACCAUAUAAAACCCAAUCCUUUGAUUAGCCUUCUCUGCUGAAGUCCUACAGAGGAACCUGCAUACAAGCGCAGAGGCUCUUGCAAUAGAAAUGACAAAGACACUUGCACUAGCUGCUCCCCAGGCCAACUUGGAAGUAAUCAUUUGGUACAGGUUAGAGAUUUUAAAGCCAAAGACCAAUGCAUUUCUCAGUUCUCUCAUUUUCAUGCAACUGUUUCACUGAUUCAGAAGCUUUGCUAUUACGGCAUUAAUUUAUAGGAUGAGAAACCGAAGACACGCAAAAGAAUUAUUGAAGUACCUACCAGAUAAGCUGAUCAUUGUAGAGAAAUGCAGUAUAUUUGACUAUGUUGAGGCUUUCUUCCAUCCUGUUAAUAAACGACUGAAUUUUCAAGUAAGUCAUUUUAUCCAGUGGAAAGAAGCUGAUUCCACAAAACACAUCCAGCAGAUCACAAGACUGUAAAUGCAGUGUCUGCAAGUACUAAGAGAAUAAUGACAGUUGUUUUUUUAGAAUUCAAAAAACUUCCAGUGUGUAGAUUGAAAUGACAAAUUUGAGUCUAAUCCCCAGCAAUCUAGACUAACGAUGAAAAAAACCAAACCC